AUGCAGUCCGGUGGAGUAUCCCAAAGCCUCAUCAUUCCGGUGCUGUUGGGCCGGAGCACCAUCCAAGGAGGGUUCAAGGAGCCGCAGCCGUACCGAGCCAUAAGUGCCACCGGUGCGCCGGGCGGCCCGGGCGCGGCGGCGGGCGGCGGCGGCGGCCAGCAGCAGGGCGGCGAGCAGGAGCCCGCCCAGGGCCAGCAGCGCCAGCCCGGCCACGGUGCAGCGGUCGAGGCGGGCGCGGAGCCGGGCUGCCCGAGCCUCCAGCCGCUCCAUCUGCCGCGCCGGCACGGCGGGGUCGGGCCGCGCCGCCCGCGGAACGGCCCCCGCCAGCACCACCAGCGCCGCGCCGCCCAGGGCGCAGCCCAGCGCCAGCGCCAGCCCCGGGCCCGCUGGCACCGGCCCCCCCGCACCCGCACCGGCUCCCGCACCCGCGGCCGCCGCCUCGUCCGGGCUCCGCAGCUCCGCCGCCCGCGGGGACGCCAUGGAACUGCCGCCGGCCUGCGCGGCCAAAGGUCUCCGAACCGGGCUGCUCCUCGUCCUGGGAUCCCGCUUAGCCGAACCGGGCUACCUUCGGAGCUGGGACCCCGCCCGGACUGUCCCUCUUCCGCGGAGCCGACUCCCCAGACCGGGCUGCUCCCCGGCACCGGGCUGCUCCCGUUCCCCGAACCCGGCACCUGCCUCUCCAAACCCGGUCGUCCCACCUGGCUCUCCCCCUUCCCACCGCGCGACCCACCUUCCCGAAUCCGUCUGAAACCCCCUGCGGGGACCUGUGUCCCUGUGACCCCACUAAACUACCCCUCUCCGGACAGUCUCCUCCCGCCGGGCUCUGCCCUCCGGUCCCCCGCUCCCGCACCGGGCUGUGGCCCCGUUCCGUGCACCGGGCUCCGCUCCCGCUUCUCCGCUCGGUCUGCCCGCCCCGCCGAUGUCCGCACCGAGCUGCCCCGCUUCCCCUCCCGGUCCCCCGCGUCGGGCUGCCUACCCCCGCUGCCUCCCCGGCUCCCCGGGCAGGUGCCGGUGCCGCCGCGGGGCGGGCGGUGGGUGCCCCGAGCUGCGGUCGCGCACGGCCGCCGCACGCACACGCACACACAGACACGUACGGGGGGCACACACAUGCACUCACACGCACACACCCGGGAGCACCUGCUGUGCACGUACCCUGUGCAAGAGGGACCCCUCUGUGCACCCCCCUCGACAGCGUCGGGACCCUCCGUGGGCACCCCGGGGGGCUGCGUGGGGAGGGGCUUUGGAGAGGACAGAGCAGCACGCUGAGUUUUGCGUGGGGUCUGCCUGGAGAACGUGCCCCGCACAAGCAGCCGUCCCCUGUGGGGACCCGGGGCAGAGCUGGGCUGGGGACACUGGGGCUGCAACCUGAGUAUCCCCAGCUGCAAAGACAGCAGGGAGAGGUCCCAUAUGGACGUUGCCCACCCUGAGUCCCCACAAGGGUCCAGCCUGUCCCUAGGGAAAGUGGGGGUUGACCUAGGUUUGGGCCAGGUAUGAUAUGCCCCAGCCUGGGACAUAGGAGCCCCUGGGUCCUGCCACGAUCCCACUGCAGUCCCAUGGCAUAACACUCCCCCUUCACACACACACACACACACACACACGUUAUUUACUCAAUUUUUCACAGAGCAUUCAUAGUGCCUGCACUCUGCUUCCCCCUGCCCUGGUACCAGGCCCAGGCCCGUGCCCUGGCAGUGACCUGCUGGCAGCCACACGCUUUCCCUCGUUUGUUAAUAUGACAUGGUCUAUUUCCACAUUUGGAGCAGUGCCUGGAGGUGUGGAUGUAAAUCCCAAGUGAUAACGGGUGGGCUGCUGACAGCUGCUGGGAAGGUUUGUCCAUCGCAUUGCCAUUCCCUUCAACACCUUCACAUGCUUCCAGCAUCUCCACAAGCACACCCAGUGCUGCAGGUGCUGGGUGAGCUCACAGUGCUGGGGCUGCAGGGAUGCCCCUUGUGUCCUGCACCCUGUCCCCAUUGUGUCCUGAGCCCUGUCCCCUCACACAGUGUAUUCCUCUGCAGCUACACUGGGCUCUGUGUUACCCAUAGUGUCUGGGCACUGCCCUGCGUGAAGAUGUCAGAUGGGAGUCUCCUGCCACCUGUGUCAUGACAGGGGCAGGGAUUUUCUCUGAAGUCUCUGUCAGAUACAGCUUAAAUGGAUAAAAAAGGGUCAGUGAGUUUAGGGCGUGCCACACAAAUAAAGAGGCGCAUUUGUGUUUUCUGAGGGCUGGACUGGUGCAACACGAUCCAGGCUCAGCACCCGUCUGGGCACAGUGUCUAUCCAUGGUGCUGACUGGCACUCUCUAGUCCAACACAUGGCACCUCCAGUCUCUGAGAUGCAGCAGGGGCAUGGAGCUGCCAUGGCAGGGGGCUUGGAACGAGAUGAUCUGUAAGGUCUCUUCCAACCCAAACCAUUCCGUGACUCUGUGACUCUAUGAAACGCAGGGCUUCCAAGCACAGUGUCCCCAGAGAUGCAGCCAGAAGUGGGCCGAGAAAGAAGCAGAAUUAAAAAUAAAUAUAAGUGCAUCCUGACACGUUAACUACAUUUAGAGAGGCUUUAGUAUCAACCCACUCCACAGGAAGGCAGGAGAUGCUUGGAGACAAGUAGGUCAUGGGACACAGUUUGUCCCAAAUCAGCAGGAAGAGAUGGAUUUGGAGCAGGCGGGCAUAUCACUGUGAACAGAUGGGCAGGAGCAGAUCUGCUGCCUCACCAUCGCCAAAUUCCUUGGGAAGACAGAACUGCCAUCAGUUUGCUCCUGAGCAGAGCUGUGGUCAAGCCCUCUCUUCUGAAGCACCCAAGCCCUGUGGCUGCCAACGCACCCAGGGAUGCCAAGGCCAGGAGCCCUGCCAGGAUGGGGAUUUGUGGGGCAGAAGCAGAGCCACUCAUGCCGUGGCUCCCGCCUGCCUUCAUACAGGGGUCAGGGCUCCAUGCCGUGGGGUCAGGGCUCCAUGCUGCCCAGGGGGCUGCUCCUGCACCCCAAUCCCACAGCAAUGCUCGAGAGGCCACCUGUGAUGGAUGAGGUGGAAGGAUGCAUCCUGCUGGCAUCGCUGCCUGCACUGUGCUGCCCCAGGAUCCCACUGCCAUUACUGGAUAGGAGCUGGAGGGGACCCCAGGCAUUUGAAGGGCCUCGGGGUAGCCCAAAAACCUUCCCCAGUCUGAUCCUGAGUAGCUGAACGUGAGGCUGGGGGCUGGCAAAGGCCACUCCAUCCCCAAGGUGCUGGCACUAAGGGAAGGGGAGGAGAGAGUGAGACAGCCAAGAUUUAUGCUGCCAGCGCAGGAGCAAAGAGAGGAGGGAGACAGCCAAGGUCAGAGGGAGCACUGCCAAAAUUCACAAUGAAACUGCAGGAGUGCCGGAGGGGAGAGACAGACGACUUGGAAAGAAAAGGAAAGAGGAGGGAGGGAAGGAGUCUGGGAGAUGGAGCAGGGUGAGGGAGCCAGACAGGGAACCAGGGAUGGGAACAUGUCACUCCUCAGACAAAAUGACUGAACACACAUGAGAGGGACAGCAAAUGGGAGCCUCAGGCAGGCAGAAGAGGACAGUAGGAGCAGGACUCUGAUGGAGCUAGACAGGCUGUGGACCUGGCUCUGUUCCCCGACACAGCCCUGCGCAACACAGCCCAAUUUUGGGGAGUGCACAGCUGUCUGGUGCCCACUGGCACUGCUGACCCCUAUCCAGCCUCACCACCGAGGUGAAGUUUCAUUCCUGCCUCCUUAGCAUUCUCAGCAUCCCACAGCAGAGUGAGCCCCCGCAGCCAGCACGGCUCAAGGUGACUCGGAGGUCAGGGAAAAAGCAGCCGGGCAAUUCAGGAGCUGGCUCUACAUCACAGAGAGAUCCAGCAGUUUGGGAGGACCAGAGGUGCCCCACACAUCACGGCCUCCCUGCCAGUCCCUCUGUGCCCCAGACACAGCACUCCAGUGCUCCCCAUGGAUGGGGGGCGGUUCUGAUCCAGCAAACUGCUCCUGGGAGCUGUUGCCACUGGCAAGGUAGGCAGGGCUGGACUUCAGCCUUGGUGCCGCAGAGGGCUGGAGCUGCACAGUUAGCAUCAGGGUGGUUUCCCUCUUGCAAGGCAUGGAGUACCCAGACAGGUUUGGUGCCCUGGAAGAGCAAUGCGCACCUACUCUGGGGCUCGUGGGAGGUUCCUCCAAGUCCCCGUUGGGGAUACACCACUCCAAGGAUGGUUUAUAGCAAAAAUCCCUCUCCUUCCCCAAAUGUCUGAGCCCCAGCCCAAAGGCAGCUGGAGGGAUGGAGCUCUGCUUGCCAUUAUGACCGGCUGCAGAGCCGCACUGGGAAGAGGCUCAGCACUUUUCUGGUGAUAAUUAAGAUCUCAUUAUCUUCAGCUAACACUAGGGAGACAGGGAAAACCACAGGUGCCUUGUGAUAUGGCAACAGCUGAUGCACUGGGCUGUGCCUGGGAGCAGCAGGAGCCUUGCAGUGCUCUGCCUGAAUAUAAAGCAUGCAAAGCAUGAAGCAGAGGGUGACAAACUAUUUUUUUCCUAGCUGGUGACACCUAAGUGUGCAAACAUACUGUCUUCUCCUCUCGGGGGUGGCUGGAGCUGGCACAGAUGGGUGGCUGUGUAUCUUUUGCGUUCUGCCUCUGCACACAGGUCCGACCUGAGGCUCUGGUUUUUUGUUUGUUUGGGGGUUUUUUGUUUAUUUUUUUGUUUGUUUUGUUUUUCCUUCUUCUGCAAAUUUCCUUCACCAGGGGAGUUUUAUCAGACGUGUCUGGAGCCACGCAGGAGCUGCUCACCUGCAGAGAAAGAGAUGGGGCGGUGUCUGCAAGCGGGCUCUUAGAAUGUCAAGGG